AACUCAGGUCUGAUGAACCAGAAGAAGAAGCUGGAGGCGGACGUGUCUCUGCUGACGGGGGAGGUGGACGAGGCCAUGCAGGAGAGUCGCAGUGCUGAGGAGAAAGCCAAGAAAGCCAUCACUGAUGCGGCUCUGAUGGCAGAGGAGCUAAAGAAGGAGCAGGACAGCAGCAGUAUGAUGGAGAGAAUGAAGAAGAAUAUGGUGUCCACAGUGAAAGAGCUGCAGGUCAAACUGGACGAGACGGAGCAGAUGACGCUGAAGGGAGGAAAGAAACAGCUUCAUAAGCUGGAGACAAGAGUGAGGGAGAUGCAGACGGAGCUGAUGAUGGAGCAGAAGAGGAGCGACGAGUAUCUGAAAGGAGUCCGUCGCAACGAGAAGAGAGUGAAAGAGCUGACGUACCAGUCAGAGGAGGACAGGAAGACUCUGCUGAGGAUGCAGGAGCUCAUCGACAAGCUUCAGACCAAAGUCAAGAGCUACAAGAGACAAACAGAGAACGCUGAGGAGCAGGUGAGCUGCAGCACGGUGCGCUUCAGGAAAGUCCAAAAUGAGCUGGACGACGCCGAGGAGAGAGCCGACGUCGCCGAGACGACCGUUAACAAGCUGCGGAUUCGAACCCGCGAGCAGACCAGCAAGGUCGCCAUGAUCAUCGAAUGAAUGAAGCUCUGCUGCCUCUUCAAACACCUUCAGUGUUUUUCUGCUGUUCGUGUGACGUUUCCAAUAUCUGAUUGCCGUGUGUUUGAGUCUGACGUGGUUCUGUUGUGUAGUCCAGGAUCAUGGGGGGACACGUGAAUCUGCAUCUGCUGUACUGUAACCAUGUCAAUAUGAUUCUGUGUCUCCACUGUAAAGCAUCGUCAACUGGUUUGUAGAGGAAGUGUCGAAGGAAGCCGGU